AUGUCACAAAUACAUUCUAAAUGUCAUAAAAAUCUAAUUCAUAAUGAGCAGAAUAAAGAUUUAUGCCAAAAUAUAGAUCAGAAAACACGACAAGUAUUAUUUUUUGAAUGUGAUCUUCAACUUGUCAAGCAAACAUUUUUAAAAAACAAUGAAAAAUUCACUGAACAACAUGCUACACAUUUAUUGGAAAAAUAUAUACGAAGACGUAGAAAAUCAAAGUGUACAGCCUAUUUUCUGACAGAUCGAAUACGUUUUCAACAAAGAAAAGUUAUUGGUAUUAAACCAUUUCGUAAAGAAGUGAUUUAUCGAGAGAUUAGACAUUUUUUUGUAUUUCCAAAUCAUCCAGAAGUUUUCAUGAUUUGUAUUGUUGAUGAGAAUAAAGAUAAACGAUCGUAUGAAUUGUAUCAGUGUAUUGAUUAUAAUGCUGUUGGUACAGUUUGUAAUUUAACAUAUAAAGCAUCGAUAGAUACGUUCAAUACACUGCAUGAAACAAUACCAUUGAAAUGGAUUACUUUAACGUCAACAUCUCCUCCAACAAUCAAGCAUUAUACAAGACAAGACAAUGAAUAUCCAGAAUGGAAUCGUCCACUGAAUGAAAUACACAGAAAUGUAAAUAGACGUACAGAUUUUGUUAAACCUUCAGAAAAUAUUGUUACUGAUAAAAUUAACAAUCAUUAUAGGCAAAAUGAUUGUGAUACCAAGUUAACUUUGAAUGUUGCAAAAGUAUUUCCAGUACACGAUGAUGAUGAUGAUGCUGAUGACGAUGACAAGAGAGAAUAUAUGAUGAACGAAGAGUCCAGAACGAAGACAGUAAAUAUUUCUGAAGAAGCUAUAAAUUCACCAUUUUCUUAUGAUGAUUUAAAGUUAUUUCAUUCAAAAUUCUAUUCACUACAUAAUUUAUGUCCAAAUAAACCGGACAUCACUAGUACAGAGAUGAAUCCAAUCGAAAAUGAUAUACAUUAUGAAUAUACUUUACAUAAGCUGCUCCCUUAUUCCAGGAAUAAUCAUGAACAACUAGAGAUAUUUCAUGAGGAUAACAGAAACAAAACAUUUAAGUCAAAACCAUUCCGCUUAACAUCAUUAUCACCGGCAAUAUCUGUUGAGGAAUCUGAUUUCAACAAGUAUGUAGAUACAAAACAAGAUUUACUAUCGACAAAUUAUCAUUGUAAUUCCACAUUUGUCGAUACUAGGAGAAGUUCCAUUUUAUCCAGUCAUCAUUUAAGUUCACCUUUAGUUGAUAAUCAUGAGGCUAGUUUGAUGAAAACAUUUACGUUAGCUAAAGGAAACAGUCUUGUAUGUCAUAAAAAACGCUCACAUAUUUAUCAAGAUGUUGUAGAUAUGAAGAAUAAUGAUGAUUCAUUUUAUGAUAACAAUUCUGAUGAUUUUGGUUUUCAAAAUCAUCUCAGAAAGUGUAAAUCAACCAUGGACAUCAGAUUAACUGAUACAACCUAUUUAUGUUAUGAUCCUGUUGUCGGUGUACGAAUAAACAAUAAAGGCCCAAUAUAUAUGUAUAUGGAACGUUAUAAUUCUAUUCAUUAUUGUGUUGAUUUGGGAACUUAUUGACUGAUAAUGUGUGUUUAUAAUAUAAUAUUUUGUAAAUUUCAUGUUUCUUUUUGCAUCAAAAGUCAACUAUACACUAAUUUAUUU